AUGGCUACAGAGGGCACUACGGACAGCGCUGAGGCGCGCGAAUUAAACCUAGUGUCCAAGGUGGAGCUGCGAAUUGCCCUCGCAGACUCCGACGAUAAACUUCAAAAGCUGCUGCAGACAUAUCUCGCUCCUCUGCUUCUCAAACUAGCCUCUGACAGUCUAGCCGUGCGGAACAAAGUCCUUUCAGUUUGCCAACACAUAAACACGAGAAUCAAACCCCAAUCAAUACAACUUCCCGUGGCGGCUCUGCUGAAACAAUUUAAAGAACAGACCUCUCAGCUGGUCCGGCACUUUGAUCUGGUAUACAUCCAGCAAGGCCUGGACCGUCUGGAGGCUUCGGCUAGGGUGGAGCUUCUACCUGCCGCUUUCGAGGGCAUAUCACGUCUUGACACUACAUCUACCCAGUCAGCUAUUGGAUUUAACCUCAUUUUGCGGCUGCUACCUCUUCUACACCUCCCACCAAAGGAUAGCAGGGAAGAUUCUAGCCUGAGAGACAAACUUCUACUAUCAGAUGAGGAUGUUCGAUUUCUGUCGGUCUGGUUUGGCAAGUUUUUUCUCCUGUCCUCUGCGGGUAAUGGUGCCAGUACUUGCCCUGGUCUCUCUCCAUUAGAGUAUAGCUUUCUGAACAAAUCAGCUUCAUUCGAGGAAACAUGGGAUCCAAAAAGCCAAGGCGGCUUGAAUUUGACCGAAACAAAACUUUCUGUGGCGAAGUUCCUUACCAGUGGAGUCUUUACUGAUCCCACGCGAUUUUUACCUGCUGUUAUUCUUUCAGCAGAUUCAAACUCCCGUCUUUCCGAUAUUGGUGAUGAUAUCCUCAAGAGAUUCAAUCCCAAUCUCGAAGAUACUGAGACCGUGGAGGAGCUUUAUAAACUCUACUUCGGGACGACAGGGGCCAAUGCUGCACCUCCUGUGCGCAUUCCACUGCAGGUAAAGCUGCUGGUUCUCCUCGGGAGAUCUGUGAAAGCGACUUCAUACACGGAAGAGAUCAUAAAACUACUCGAUGACGGUCUAUUUUCAGAUACGGCUAAAUCUGGUCAGGGUCUUCAAACGUCGAAACUUCGUUCUCAAAUAUUUACUUUUACUACAUGGAUUGUGCGUAUGGGCGCACCAAUAAAUCUAAAGGUCAUUGCCCCAAAAACCGUGGUAGGGCUUCGCGGUUAUGUGGAAUCCCAAGGGUGGCCCGAUCCCAGUGUAAGCGGACAGAAGCUAUCACCGGCUGAUAUUUCUUCACGAGGCCUAGCUUAUGAAAGUAUUGGCAUUCUGACUCCUAAGAUAAUAUCAACAAACGAUACAGAUUAUGUCGAUAUGGACUUAUUGAGAUGGCUAUUCACCUCUCUCGCCUCGGAUAACUCGGCUUCUGAAAUUUCUGUCAGCGUUGAACAAGCUCUCGGCACCAUUUUGAACUCUUUAACAGGAAACUUCUCUGAAAAAACCAGACUAGAGCUUGGGGAUUUCCUCGUAAAACAGAUGAAAUUGUAUCCUGGAAAAGAGAAUCUCUUGAAUGGCUUCUCUAUUGUUCGCAGUACGCAUUAUACGGCUGUCAAAUACGCAAACCGCUGUCUGCCAUUUUGGGACCUCACUGCUAGAUGGGUUGAUCUUUUGGCCAUUGGAAGUAAGGUUGGCAGAGGCAGAGAAAUCAUCGAAGAAGGCAAAAAGGGACUACACCCUUACUGGUAUCGAAUGCUCAACCCUGUCAGAGGCGUGUCUCCUGUGUCUACUUUAGAAAAGUAUCAGGAAGAUAGCCGGUAUAAUUUCCCUUCCUUUCAACUUGCGACAAAGCUUCUGAGUUUGCUGAAUGAUCCCGAUUCUUCCCCGCAAAGCAUAGAUGGGGUUAUUGCACCAGCCAUUCGGUUCUGCAAGAAUCUACUUAUAUUUGAAGCAUUCUCAAAAGCAAAUAUAUCAAUCGAGAUUGACCAAGAAUGGGAAUACCGGCUAGACACGCUUCUCCAAUCUGAUCCACAGGCCAGAGAGGCUGUUAAGGUACAUAUCAACCAACAACCUACGUCUAACGUGGCAACUUUACUGGGUACUGCCGUGGAAGGUAUUCUUGGAAACGGUGCCGAAGCUAUUGAAUGCAGCAAAGAUUUCAUAGACAUCAGUUCUCUAACUUCCAACGGGGUUAUUGCAUCAUCUAUUAAUCGAGCAAAGUCAUUACCAAAGCUAGUAUAUGAUACUAAUAACUAUACUUUGCAGAAUGCUGCUGCAAGGGUCCUCGGAAUUCUUGCUUCUCAUCCAUCACUGGCAACAACUGACUGUCAGCAAAUGUCUUUUGAAGCACUUAAUUUGAGCACCGCGUGGAAGGGAGCUGUCGGGCAGGCAGCAAACCGAGUUCGGGGCGCAGUUCUCACAGAAUCAUACAUUUUAAGCCGGCUUUCGUUUCGGCAGAGACUUGAUACUAUCCCUGAGACGCAGGUUCAAGAAUAUAUUGGGAUUAUUGUUGCGAUUCUUACUGAGUCGCGAGACUCUCAGCUUCUAGAUGCCGUCCAUGUAGCCAUCAGUCAGCUAGCGCUCUCCCAUAUCUUGAAUUUUGAAGUCAUGUCAGAAGCCGGUAUAUUGGAAUCCAUCAAAGCUAAACUGGCGGAGGCUGCGAAAAACGAAAAAGAAAGUGCAAUUCACGCAUUAGGCCAUUUAGCUUUGGUAAUGCCGAAGGAAGGAGAACAUACGCAGACGUUUAAUACCAUUAUGGAAUCAUUUCAUGACCUACACGAAAUUCGCAAGCCCGAGGUGCAAUUUGCUGUUGGCGAUUCUAUAUGUGUCGCUGCUGCAGGAUGGGAAUCGAAAUCACUCAUUGGUGAACUGGACGUUGAUGGUCAUCCCUUCAAAAUCAAUGUUCCGGGGGAAAUCCUCGCGAAGCUGGCUGAUGAUUUAAUUACUAACUGUAGAGCUUCAAAGCCUUCUUUGCGAAAAGCAUCCGCAAUAUGGUUGCUCUGUUUAGUCAAAAAUUGUGGGCAGCUUGAUGAAGUGCGUGAACGUCUUCGUAAUACACAAGCGGCAUUCACCAGUCUAUUGGCAGAUAGAGACGAUCUUGUUCAGGAAACUGGCUCGAGAGGACUAAGCUUGGUGUACGAAAUGGGAGAUCAGGAACUUCGUGAUGAUUUAGUUCGAGACCUUAUCAGUUCUUUCACUGGUAAUAACCCCACUUUAGCUGGCAAUGUCAGCAGUGAUACAAAACUUUUCGAACCCGGAGCUUUACCAACAGGCGAAGGAAAGUCAGUUACGACUUACAAGGACAUAAUGAACUUAGCUUCGGAAGUGGGGGAUCCCAGCCUUGUGUAUCGCUUCAUGUCUAUGGCUUCGAACAAUGCCAUCUGGUCUAGUCGAGCUGCUUUUGGCAGGUUCGGUCUCAGUGCUGUUUUGUCUGAUUCCAGCAUGGACGGGUAUCUUUCCCGGAACCCGAAGAUUUAUCCCAAGCUAUAUCGUUAUCGCUUCGACCCAAAUCCAAACGUGCAGAGAUCGAUGAAUGACAUUUGGCAAACUAUUGUUAAGGAGCCCAAUGUCCUGUUAGAAACUCAUUUUGAUGCAAUUAUGGACGAUCUGCUGUCUAGUAUUAUCGCGGGAAGGGAAUGGCGAGUACGUGAGGCUAGCUGUUCCGCUAUUGCCGAUCUCAUCCAAGGACGCCCAUUGGAUAAGUAUGAAAAGUACAUGAAUGAAAUUCUAAUCAAAGCUUUCAAGGUUAUGGAUGACAUUAAGGAAUCAGUACGGGCGGCCGCUUUGCGUUUGUGCCAAGUCAUCACUAAUAUUCUAACGAGAACCCUCGAAACUGGUGAUACGGAGUCACGACGGGCAAAAACAAUGCUGGGCCACCUUGUUCCUUUCUUACUCGGUCAACGAGGAAUGGAAUCAAGUGCACAAGAAGUUCAGGCCUACUCUAUAACGACAGUGAUUCAAAUUAUAAAGAAGAGCCCAAGUGCUUUGCUGCGUCCAUUCAUACCUCAAAUAUUGGAAAGGUUUUUGUCUUCGCUAAGCUCCCUAGAGCCUCAAGCGGUGAAUUACAUUCACUUGAAUGCAGACAAGUACGGGCUCACAGGUAACGAAGUCGAUAAUAUGAGGCUUUCAAGUAUUCGCAUGUCUCCUAUGAUGGAGAGCAUUGAACGGUAUCUUCUCGAUGGUCUCGAUGAGGAAAGCAUGAAAGAAGUCGCUGCUAGACUCGAGGUAGUCCUACGAACCGCUGUAGGGCUGCCUUCUAAAGUCGGUUGCAGUAGAGUUCUUGCGCUAUUGAGCACGAAAAAUAUAAUUUUCCGUCCUUACGCCGACAAAUUCAUUCAAAUAUUGAAAAAGUAUGUGCUUGACCGAAAUGAAACAGUAAGCGUGUCAUACAGCGCCUCUAUUGGCUAUAUGAUUCGGUUGGCCAGCGAUGAAAAGGUCUUGGAUAUGAUUGAAUUCGCAAAGGGGAUAUAUUUCAACGCUGAGGAACAAUCCCAUCAAACAAUUUCUGCGGAAAUUUUGCAAUCCAUGUCAAAGCUGUCGAGCGACCGCUUCUCAAAUUUUACGAGUGCGGCGCUGCCUUUUGUUUUCGUGGCCAAACACAAUACAGACGAACAAACACGCGAGAUUUUUGAGAAAACCUGGCAGGAUAACGUGGGGGGAUCACGUGCAGUGUCUUUGUAUCUCAAUGAGAUUAGGGAAAUCAUUUCGGAGCGAUUGGAAUCGACAAGCUGGGCAAUCAAACACAGUUCAUCCCUUGCGGUGGCUGACAUCGUGACCAGUUUGGGAACGGCCCUUGACCACUCGGCAGUGGAACUUAUUUGGCCGCUGUUGGAACGUGCUUUGAGUGGAAAGACAUGGGAUGGAAAGGAAACCGUGCUGAAGGCAUUUGUCAAAUUCACGGAGAAUUCACGUGCGAUCUGGGAGCUCAAGCCGGAGAUCGGCCAGCAAAUGAAAGUCAUUAUGCUCAGGGAGGCUAAGAGAAACAACGCGGCGUAUCGAUCGCAUGCACUCAGCGCCUUGGCUGCGUUUGCAGAAGCCCGACAAGAUUUGUACCUGCUUCCUGAAGCUAUCUCCAUUGUUGAGCCAGUUGUCGAGGAUCUGACGGAUAGCGAUGGCACUAAGAUGGAAAUAGACUCAGACCAUUCCAAGACUACCCGUGAUGACGAAAUCUUGGCUGCAUGUACUGACUGUCUACUUCGAUGCGUCAACCCCACGUUCAAAGAGCUCACUCCAGGUAAGUUUGGAAAGUUCCCAAGCUACAAGGUUAGUGCUUACCCGCAGGAAGAAAACUUAACAGCAGUUUCUACGAUCAUCGAAUCUUGCCUGCGAGGAAAUAGUCGACGAGUGCUGGAUACAUUCUACACUGGACUACGAGCUACCGUUACCAAGUUCGGAAAACAGAUUCCACUGACGAAGGAAGCAUCAGAUCUUGAGAAACUUAAACAGGGACUACAGAUUUUAGUGGAUAAGUUACUAUUCCAGGACUGGAAUCCGUCAGUAGAAAGCCUCCGAACGAAACGAGCUCAGGCAGUAAAUGAAUUUAUUACAGUGGCUCGACAGGCAGAGAUUAGGGUGGAUGACCAACAGCGUCGGUGGAUCGAUGAGUGGCUAGCUCAAGAGCGAUCUGAGCCGAUUCAGCAUAUUUUCAAGACCGCCCUACAGAAGCUUUGA